AUUUCGGGUGUCGUAUAACGAGAAAUGGCAGCAAAAUUGAUGUUCAUGAAUUCGAAAUGGCUUCCUCACAGUCACUUAUAUUUUUCUGUUGAUUUAAGGAAAUUGUCAAACAUUUUGAAAAACUCCAUGAAAAUCCUCUUGCUUCCUGUAGCCGUUUUUUGCACUGACCAAUCAAUUUUUGCUUUUCAAUUCAGGGCUGUUUAUGCUAUCGAGUCGUACGCAAAUGUUUUAUCAGUAUAUUAGGCUAUAUUUCGGCAAUUUAAAUUGUUCUUGCUUUCUUUAUAACAAGUUUUAUUCUAAAUUUUAAUACAUAAUAAAUGCCGGGGCCGCCUAUGGUGAAUUCAGGUUUGCAGAGCUUUCGGUCGGUGAGCCCGUUAAACCAUCAUCAGUGCAAAUAAAACUAGAAAGAAACGAAGUUUCUUUUCUAAAUAUCCGAGCUCUGUAUGGACCUAACGUUAACUAUCAUCAAUCUACCGGUUUCACCCCUUCAUAGGAUAGCAGGAAUGGUUUUUAUAUUAAACUUUUCUUAGCUCUUCGUGUGCAAGCGCGAUAAUUAAGCAUUUGCGAACGCUUUUUGAGCUGACGUGAUACGUAUUGCACGCAUGUUGGAAGACAUGAUUAAUGACGUCACAACUUAAUUAUUUAAUUACGUUCAAGAAGAACGGCCACUGGCCUGCCGUAAGAGCACGUUACGGCGAUGUCAUGCGGUUUACCGAAUGGUUUUGUCGAACUUGAAGAGCUGGUUCAUCGUGACGGAGUUCGGGACGAAUGGGAGGAGACAGCGCGAUGGAUUACGCUCGAGGAGACUGUAGAAUCGGAUCGCUGGAGUAAACCACACGUGCCAUGUUUAUCCUUACACGGCCUGCAAAAUGUUCGGGAGAUUCUCGAAACUUGUCCGAUAGUAACAGAUCUUGCCGAGACGGAGAUGACGGCGAUCGUGGAAGCGUUGGUAGAAGAGAUGGUGCGUUUUGGAACAUUGGAUGAAGGUCUUCGCGACUCCAUUGUAAGGUUACUGUUGUUAAAUCAUCGCCAUAAAAAUCAGACGAAGGCCACACCGCUUACGCGUCGUCUCGACCGACAUUUCACCGUUGACGUGCCGGAAGAGGAUAAAGAUACAACACCUAAAGACCAGGAUUCCGUUACGUUUUCACGUUUCUCGUGUCCAUGUCUGUGUUUUCAAGUAUGCCACAAGAACAGGAUAGAACCUGGAAGUCCCAGGCGCUCAAAUAACAAACAGGUAGCCGUGGAUGAUAUGGAUCUUGCCGAGUUUCGACUUCCCGAAAAAUCGGAAUCCACCACAGUCUUAGUUGGCUCUGUAAACUAUUUGAAACACCCUAUUUCGAUAUUUGCUCGUCUGGCCGAGGGUUGCCUUCUGGGCAAUCUGAUGGAAGUCAAUGUUCCUGUCCGUUUUUUGUUUGUGUUGCUUGGACCCGAAGAUGAACAGAAUAAAUAUCAUGAAACUGGUCGUUCAAUUGCUGCCAUGAUGUCUGAUAAAUUCUUCCUUUCUCUUGUUUAUAACUUCCAGGAACGUGAAGCUCUUUUACGAACAAUUGACGAAUUCCUUAACUGCUGUGUUGUUAUACCACCGGGAGAAUGGGACAGACAGAUAUUGUUGCAGACGAUUCCGGUGCUGGAAAGUCAAAGCCAAAAGAUGUUUCAGAUUCGCAGACGAAAAAAAAGCGAUGUACAGGAAGAAGAUAUAAACCAAGUACAAGGUCCCGUGGAGGACCCUUUGCAGCGAACUGGACGCUUUUGUGGUGGACUUGUCAGAGACAUAAAACGACGUCUUCCUAAUUACAUCAGUGAUUUCACUGAUGCUUUUGAUAUCCACUGCCUUGCUGCCAUCGUGUUCGUUUACAUCGCCUCACUAGCACCGGCGAUAACAUUUGGUGGAAUACUUAGCGAAAAAACUGGAGGUUGGAUCGGAGUGUCGGAAACCAUCUCAGCCACCGGUCUUGCUGGCAUAAUAUUUGCGUUACUGGGCGGUCAACCGCUUACAAUCAUUUCCUUCACUGGUCCGCUGGUGGUCUUCGAGAAGAGUACCUACGAGUUGUCGGAGAACUUGAAUAUCGAGUACCUACCGUUUCGGGCCUGGAUCGGGAUUUGGGUUAUGUUUAUCUGUUUCGUGAUCGUAGCUUUUGAGGGAUGUUUCUUAGUCCGUUAUUUCACGCGGUUCACCGAAGAAAUCUUCGCCUGUCUUAUAGCUUUCACGUUUGUCUAUGAUGCUAUAGUCAUCGUUGUUGAUGAAUACGAUAAUCCUAUCGCAGUUAAUACAACCAUAUCCAACAUCACGACUACCACCACUACUAGUUCUUCGUCAUCUGGCCACCUGGCGCUGCUGUUGGUUCUCGGGACGUUCAUAAUUUCCUACCUAUUCCGCCGGUUUCGCCAUUCCCAUUUUCUCGAUCAUCUCAUACGGCGAAUUGUCAGCGAUUUCGGAGUCCUCAUAGCCAUUUUAUCAAUGGUGGCGUAUUACAACCUCGAUGACGAUACAUCAGUUUCGCAGCUCAUUGUGCCGGACGGUUUCGACAAGACGAAAACAGAGAGAAUCGGUUGGUUCGUGAAUCCUAUGGGAAGUGGCAACAGUAUGGACGUUUCGAGUAUCCUUAGCGCCAUGAUACCGGCCAUCCUCGUCAGUAUCCUGAUCUUCAUGGAGGUUGAACUGACCGGCCUUAUUCUUGAUAAGAAGGAGUUCAAAUUGAAGAAAGGCACUGGUUACAAUCUGGAUCUCAUCGUGGUUGGUCUUAUAGUUGGGCUGUGCUCUUUGCUUGGCUUCCCGUGGCUCUGUGCUUCGCCGAUACACUCCAUGUCCCAUCUUCACGCGCUCAUGGUGUUCAACAACAACCAGGCACCAGGAGAACGACCGGUGCUCAUGGAAGUCAAGGAACAGAGGGUGACGAACAUUGUCAUCCACAUCCUUAUUGGACUAUCGGCAUUCCUCGCUCCGGCCUUACGCGCUGUUCCCAUUCCAGUCCUCGCGGGAGUGUUGCUCUACCUCGGCGUCUGUUCGCUCUCACAUAUACAGCUGUGUGAACGUAUCCAAAUGUUAUUCAUUCCACCCAACCACCACCCGGAUGUCUCGUACGUACUCAAAGUACAAACCAAAAAGAUGCACACGUUUACCAUAAUCCAAUUCGUAUGUGUUUGUAUCGUCAUCCUAAUCAAGCUAACCGUCUUAGCUCCAGCAUUUCCGUUCUUUGUGUUGUGUUUGAUUCCACUGCGCAAGUCACUAGAAUAUUUCUUCAACGAGGAAGAGCUUGAGUUGCUAGACAAUGAAGCUGAGGAACUCAAUGAAGACGAGUAUGAUGAGUUUGAUGCUGUCCAUGUACCGAUAUGAAUAUUUCUAUAGAAUUGCCUCAAAAACACUUAUAAGAUACGAAUUCAUUAAGGUCUCACUUGUAUGCAUUUUAUGAAUAAAUCACGCGUAUACUCUAUAACGUUUGAUCUUGCGCUCCGACAAAACUUGCAUUUGCUGUGCACCUGUUAUUUUCGUAUUAUUAGAUCACUCCUGUGCACAGAACUGGCGAGCGAGCAAUGACGCAGCGCGUCUAAAGCACGUUUUCCACUAGGCGAAUUUCAAUUCUCUCCUAACUACCUCGGCCCCUGAAACAUGACAAAGAAAUCAAACAUACUAGGCUACAUUUAAUUCGUAACGGCACAUUUAUAUAUUUAAACUGUGCAAAUAGCUUUUUCAAAGAAUGUGUAGACUGCACAAUUCAUUCAGGUGGAGGAUUAAUGAAAUAUAAAAUGCGUUAUCAUCUAUUGUUUGAUGUGUUAGUACAUGUGAAAAUUUGGACGUUUGAUGAGACUUAUGCCUGGUUCACACAUGUCGUAAGAAUCUGGGAUUCCCUUUGUCUGAGGUCACUGGUACGCAAAAUGCUUUGUCUAUCGGCAAAUAAUACAAUGGAUCCCCGACUCUUAAGAACUAGUGUGAAUCAGGCCUUAUAUAUGACAUUGCUGCUAGUUUUGGAGACUCCCCUAUCCAGGUCUAAGGAUUACUUUUAAUUAUAUUUCAUAAUAUGCAGGUUGCGUAAUUUAUCGAGAUACAAUAUCUUAUUGGACGAUUGUUUCAUUACGUAUGAAAUCCAUUGUUUUCAUCGUGCACAAUUAUUUCAAACUUAUUUAGGCACACAUCUCAUUCAGAAUAAAACAAAGUUCGCAUUAACAUGAAAAAAAAUGGCGGCACAAAAACACGUCAGCUCAGAUUUAGUUGAUUGAUGCAUCAUGCAUAUUAAGGUUGUAUAGACUAUAUGCGACCAGAUUAAGUUAAGGCUUGUCAAAUAAAUCAUAGUGAGAGACAGUGGCCUUCACGGUUGGCAUUCGAAUGUCCCGGAAAUCGUCGAUAUAAGUUAUAUUUAUAGCUAAUACUGUAAAUUAAAAUAAUUGCAUAUGCAUGUCUGUCUAAAGAAAAACGGUAUUUAUAUUAGCAUUUUAUUACGGGAUUAUUUUGUGCACAAGAACGACAGUUUGCUCUUUUUAAUAUUUUCCUUGCGGCUAAAUUAUCGAUUGCGAAAGUUUUUUAUUGAUCUAUGUUGAAAUUUUGGUUUAACUUGCCUGGUUUCGUAUAGACCAUAUGUAUAUUCAACAAGACUUAUAUAUCAUUUCACGCUUCGUCAUCCUCGGGUACAAGCGAGGCAAACGGCCCUUAAUUGCAUUUAACUGCAUCUUUAUGAUGAAAAUUAUUGCAAAAGCAUGCUUCCUAUGGCCAUUACGGUACUUGACUUUUGUCUUCAGAGGUUAAGAGCGAUAAUAUUAUUAAAGGAGCCUUUCGAACUACCAAGACAUCAUGUCCAUAAAUUCUAUGAUUAUAUCUAUAUAA